AUGAACGUGGAUGUGGAGUUCCGUGCGGCGGCCGUGGUCGGCGUGGGACAGGAGGGUGCUGGCUUCAACGACCUGGAGAUGAUCGACGAGGGAAUGGAAAACGUUCGCGUCGCUGCUAGCGUGGGUGCUCGUGUCCUUCAACUGCAGGGCUGCACAGAUGUCUUCGUUGACUCGAUGGAGUAUCCGGAGCAGGCGGCCGAGGGGAGCUGUUUGGCCGUCUGGCGCUAUCAUACUAGCCGGUGCCUACCGACCCGCAUACACAUUCCCAAAUUGGAUUUGUACGACUCUCCCGACUCGGAUGCCUGGCUGCGUGGCCUGUUUAAGGCCGAAUCGCAGAACGUGGCACGUCGCCUGUCCGAUACGCCUGCCAAUCAGAUGACGCCCUCAAUAUUUUCGCAGUCAGCGGUGGAUGCCCUGUGUCCCUGCAAGCUAUCCGUGGAGGUACGUGGCAUGGACUGGAUUGAGUUCAAGAGCUUGAACAGCUUCUUGAUGGUGGCCAAGGGCAGCUGCGAGCCGCCGAUCAUCUUGGAGAUCGCCUACUGCGGCACCGCACCCAAGGACAAGCCAAUCCUCCUGCUGGGCAAGGGUUUGACGUUCAACAGCGGGGGUCUCUGCCUCCGUCCCAAGGACUGUUUGUCCAUGUACCGCGGCUGCAUGGCCGGUGCAGCAGCCUGCGUCGGCGUCAUCCGUGCCGCCCUGUCGCUGUCCAUAAACAUUACGGCACUGCUGCCAUUGUGCGAGAACAUGUCCUCUGGAAUGGCGGCCAAGCCUGGCUUCGUGGACGUCAGCAAGGCUGGUGUGGUGGCAAUGGCCGAUCCCUUGCUCUACGCUCAGGCUGCAUACAAGCCGUGCAUGGUCGUGGACGUUGCAACAGUUGGCUAUGCCGUCUGCCCAGCGCUGGGAGGAUCAGCCGCGGGGUUUUUUAGUAACUCCAAUUUUCUAUACAAGCAGUUCGAGAAGGCCGGUGCCCUUACGGGGGAUCGCAUUUGGCGGCUCCCCCUGUGGCGCUACUUUAAGGAACUGAUCAUGCCGAACGAGACUUUCGACAUCAGCAACCGCGGACGUGGUCCCGCCUCCAGCUGCAUCGCUGCCGCCGUUCUGCACGAGCUGGUCCCUUGCGUCGAUUGGGCCCACCUGGACAUUCGCAAUGUGGGCAUGCUGACGCGCUACAACCCGCUGCCGUAUCUGCUGAAAGACUGCAUGACUGGCCGACCCACACGAACCAUCGUUCAGUUCCUGUAUCAGAUUGCUUGCCCAGACAGAAAGUAA